GUAUAAAUCUGCCUAAAGACAACGGAAAAUUCACGAUGCAGCUGGUGUUGCUGUUGCUGACUCCGAACGAAGCCAUCGGGAAAGCGUUCAACAAGAAACAUGUGUCCGAUUUCCCCUGCGCUGCCCCCGGUGCCGAAGCUGGAGAACCGUACAGCCUUGGUGACCGGAGCUGGAAGUGGCAUCGGACGCUCUGUGUGCGAGGCUCUUGCAGCGGACGGAGCCCGGGUGGUGGCCGCCGACUGCAACCAGGACGCUGCCUACGAGACCGUGUCCAGUCUUUGUGGGGGAGCUGGGCGACACGUGGCCUUGCAGGUCGACGUCAGUAGCGAGGCAUCAGUUAAGUCCCUCUUCAGUCGUAUACGAGACUCGCCGGGCCUGCCAGCAGUGAGCAUCGUUGUUUGUUGCGCCGGAGUCAAGAACAUUGACAGCCUCGUCGACACGAAGCCCGAGGCCUUCGACCGAGUUAUGUCCAUUAAUCUAAAGGGCACGUUCUUCACGGUGCAAGCAGCAGCCAGGGAGAUGCUGUCGCGGGGCGUGCGGAACGGUGCCGUGGUGACGGUGGCCAGCAUCGUGGCUCGGACGGGUUUGAGCCGACAGUGCGCCUAUGCAGCGUCUAAGGCAGCCGUCGUGGCCUUCACCAAGACGGCGGCGCUCGAGCUGGCGCCGCACGGCAUCCGCUGCAACGUGGUGCUGCCGGGCUUCACCGACACCGCUAUGACAGCCGACGUGAACGACAAGGACCGCACCCACGUGGCCGCCUGCACGCCCCUCGGCAGGGUAGCCCGACCCGAGGAGAUUGCCAGAACCAUCCGGUUUCUGUGCGACGAGGCGGAGAGCUCAUUCGUUACUGGAGCAGCCCUCGAUGUCACCGGUGGUCUUCACAUGUGACAUUGAGAAUUGUGGAAUGUUUGGUGACCGACACUGAAAGAACUCUCGCUAUGUCGACGUCACACGGUAGCACCGCAGGGACAACUGAUUUUGAAAAUGCAGUUGGAAAUGUAGCUUUCCAGUGCGUUUAGGCCAAAAACACAGGCUAUGUGCCUUCCAACUAUUGUGUCACAUUUCUACUUAACCACCACCUUUGGAAGGGGAAACAAUUUCUGUAGCUCUAAAUUCGGGAAAAUUGGGCAGACAGGCCGGUGUUUCAACAAUAGAGUGUGCGAGCAUCGAAUGACUAUGCGCAGCAAUAUAGGCGGUCACAUGGGUUGGCAUUGUAAAAGAUGCGGGUGCAAGCCAGAACUGGAAAAAACAAUGUUCCUGAAGCAAGCCACAGAUAAAAUUGAGAGAGAGAGAGAGAGAUUAUAAAAGCAUACUACAUAACUCAAGCGAAGCAUAAAUGCAUCAGUACACCGUCACUGUCACUGCUUGAUAAGGAGAUACCAUUUUUAGAUGGUUUCUUUUAGCCAAUGUAACAUUGCAAUAUCGCAGAGAUUGUAUUCCUGCGAAGUUUUCUUAGAAUGUUUACUAAAGCUAGGGUGUAAGUAUUGCUUGGACGCUCAAAAUAAACAGAAGUCAGCGCU